AUGGAAAAAGUUAUCAGUUAUGCUAGCCAGUCGCUCUUCAAGGCCAAAGCCAAUGAUUCCACAACAAAAAAGAAGUGCCUUGCCAUCAUCUGGGCAGCGUCAAAGUUUCGGCCCUUCCUAUACAGCAGGCCUUUCAAAGUUGUCGCGUCUGCAGCGACAUACUGCUUAUACUGCCUUGCAAUGAAUCCAGCCGUUCAGAAGAAAGCCAGAGAGGAAGUUAUGUCCGUUCUCCCGACCCCUGGGAGAGGUGAAAUGAAAUUCAAGUAUACCGAACUUUCUUACCUUAAGGCCUGCAUUCGCGAAUCACUUCGGCUUUACCCCACCAUUCCCGGAGUUCACCGCAAACUGGAUCACGAUGUGGUGAUGUCUGGCUACGCAAUACCGAAGAACACCGUUUUGAGGACUGAAAUGUUUGUCAGUGGACGACUGGAACAGAACUUCACCAGAGCUUCAGAAUUCAUACCAGACCGUUGGCUACGGGCUAAUGGUGGCCGAGCCCCCGAGCUUCUGGAAAACUGGGCGAUGCACCCUUUCGCUUCGCUGCCCUUCAGCACUGGUAUUCGCAUGUGCAUUGGAAGACGGAUAGCCGAGAUGGAGCUCUCUAUUCUUGUUGCAAAAAUACUGAAAGAAUUCAGAGUGGAAAACCACCAUGGCGACAUUGGCUUCCUUUCACAGCGUAUAGGUCGGCCACAGAAGCCCGCCAGGUUCCGCUUCAUAAAAGUUGAGUAGCCGCUACAUAAGAAAGUC